AUGUUCAACGGAUUUUUUGAGAACGCCAUGUGGCAGCUCGACCAGGGCGUCACCGGCCUAUUCGCGCAAUGGAACUCGUACUCAACUGCUAUCGCUACCAUCCUCGUCAUGUUCCUCUCCUACCAGGUCUUUGCCCGCCGUGACCCCGACACUCACCCUCUGCUCCUCGCUCGCCAGGCACAAGCCUCACCUGUGCGAUACAAAGGCGAAUCCUCCGUCUAUCGGUCCCACUCUUCCCCUCAUGGCAUGCCUCUGAACUCUGGCCUGAACGUGAAGGACCCUGGCGCCUCCAAAUGGUCCAGAGGACGCGAUGGAGAUCUCCGUGAUGUUUGGAGACAGGCCAUCAGCGGAACCUCGGAACCGGGCAAGCCGACGGGCAAGGGAAAGAUCCUGACGGUUCUUGGGGGACAGAAGGUGCUUGAGCACAAGUUUGACGAUGUGACGCGCCAGAUCAACCUCAUCGGAAAACAUAUCCUCGAUCAGGGCGGUGCCCGCGUCGCCAUCUACCUGCCCAACUCGGUCGAGCUGAUGGCUGCCAUCUUCGCAUGCGCCUUCUACAACCUGACUGCUGUCCUCAUCCCCUUUGACCAGUCCGACGAGGCCGUUAUCUCGAUGCUGCGCCGCGCUGCCGUCGAUACUGUCGUGGCCCUUCCCGGCUCGUUCCCUUUCGAUCUAGUUGUCAAGAACUACCCCUCCCUCCGACAUGUUAUCUGGGUGGUUGAUGAAGGCAACAGGCAUAUGGACUGGAACGAGGUCCCGCAGGGCAUGGGCGGCAGCAUCGAGGUCGUAACGUGGCAGGACAUCGUCCAGGACAGCCCGGCUGAUGCCGGCACGGAGCUCCCCCCCUUUGAAGGCCAGGCAGAGCCCCGUGACAUGACCAUCUUCUGGCCCUCGAAGCCAGGCGUCACAGAAGAGAUGGUGCGUUUUACAAACGCAAACAUCGUCUCCGCCAUCGCCGCACAGCUCUUCGCCAUCCCACAGACCCAGCGCCUGGGCCCUUCUGACCUUUUCCUACCUGCUGCUUCACUGGCCAGCACCUACACUCUGUCCCUGACCCUCGCCGCCCUCUACUCGAAUGCCUCGGUCGCCUUCAACUCCUCUGCAGGCGAUGUGGACCUCGGCCUCGCGACCCGUGGCAUCGCACCAACAGUCAUCGUGGCCUCCCCGCAGACUCUCCUCAAGACCCAUGAGCUGGCCACGCGCAACGUUUCCUCUUUCUUUACCAGCAAGAUACACUGGCUGCAGACGCGCGAACUCACGCAGACGGGUGUCAUGCCGGCUGCCUCCUUCCUGACAUCCUACAAUGAUAGUCUGAGGCCCGCCAUCGGACAGACUCCCGGAAAGCUACGACUGGUAUACACCGCUGAGCGUGCUGGUUCAGGAACGACGCCGCCACUGUCGUCUGCUGUGCUAUCGGAUCUGAGGAUCUACCUUGGUGCACGGAUCAUCUACGCGCUGACAGCAGCGAAGGUGGCAGGCGCCGUAGCGCAGACGCAGUUUUAUGACUACCGGGUGCACGAGGAUAAAUGCUCCCAUUUCGGCCCACCCGUAACCAGCGUGGAGAUCCUCUUGAGAGACUCUGGCGAUCACAAGACAACAGAUGAGAAGGCAGAAGGAGAGCUCAUCGCCCGCGGUCCUUCUGUUGCUAAUGGAGAAGCGGCUCUGGGAGUCAACGCUACCAUACGAUUCGACAACACCAUUGCGUACGUGUGAGAGACAACUCAUCUCGGGCGCAGGCGUUCUGCGCAUCUCGGCAGGGAGUAGAGUCCCGGUAUUUUGUAGACUUGUACAUUAUUUAAGACAUUACUUAUGAGUUCCAUCCACGCAACACGCAUCUUGUUUUCUGUUUUGUGUCUUUGUUUUCAACCUCAAAGCAGGAAACAAUGAUAAGUGGAAAUUGCUACCGAUUACAAAACAACCUGUUCACCCCAAUUGAACCCUCAUUCCAACC